AUGUGGAACCUAGCAGAUUUCUUCAUGGCCCGGCCGAUCUUGGGUUGGUUGGAGCUGAUCAAGUUGGACCUUGAAGACACGUCUGAGUUGGCUCAUCAUCAUAAGGUCUACAUGCGCGAUGAUCUCACCUACUGCAGCUCAAGCUGCCGCGAUCGCGGGCUGUCGAGGCUCUACGUGAACCUGAAGCAGAGUCAGUUGGAGGGUCCUCGACUGCCUUCAGGCGCUUCCCUGCAGACUGCCAGCAACUACAAGUCCGAGUCAUCUUUGGCCACCAAGACCGAGCGCACCGAAAUCACUGAAGUGACGGAGAUCAGUACUAGCGAGGAGAUGGACUGGGGACGUCUGGGCCGCCUGGCCAAGAUUGGUCAGCGUGUGAUCGACGCUCUCCUGAAGCGAGUGGCCUCAAAGACUUGGGGUGCGCAGGUCUUGCGAACUUACUCCACAAGUGUGCUGUGGGGAAGAGAGGUGGCCGAGAACUCCGCCGUUGCUCCCCUGUUCAACUAUCUUCCACAGGUGGAUCAAUACAUGCAGAAAGACCUCUCCUUCGAUAUGUCUCCACGUUCGGACCGGCGCAGGGCUUCGGACCGGCGCGAAGGGACGUUGCGGCAUUCUCUCGAAUCCCUGGGAAAGGAAGAGAUACAGGUGAUGGGAGAAGACAAUCAACCCUGA